AUGAAUAUGUUGGAUGAUGAAGAUGACCAAAGCUUUCACGCUACGCGUGACGGCUACUCCCAUUUGAGCGAUGUCGAAUGGGAUGCGGUUGAACGAAUGGGUUCGACCAUGGGCAUCCAUGCUGUUAGCGUCAUGCUAGAGGCUCUCAAUAGAGAUGCCCAACAUGCUACUAUCGCCAAGUUCAUUCAAAAUGAACUUGACGCAGAACGCGAGAAAGUAGCCUUGCUUCACCAACAAGGUUCUCAACAAGCAGAGUUGUUGAGAGAACAAGGUGCUCAACAGUUUGAACUGUUGAGACAGCAGCAGGCUGCUGCUGGCGGGUCGAUGCACUCGCGUCGGCCCGAGACUUUUGAAGAUUGA